AUGAGCAGCGACCCAAGUGACUUGCAGGCACUUACACCGGCACACUUUCUUGUAGGAGGACCGAUAACUAUGCAUCCGGAACCAGACUUGGCUAACGAAGAACAAAAUUCACUACGUCGGUGGCGUUAUGUCCAAUGCCUUAUGCAAUCCUUUUGGCGAAGAUGGCAGACCGAAUAUCUACCACAACUUCAAAUUCGAGGCAAAUGGACAACCAAUAGUAAAGAGCUGGCAGUGGAUGACAUAGUUAUUGUAAAGGACGAAAAUAUGCCACCAGCUAAGUGGAAACUAGCUCGAAUAAUCGAGACGCAUCCAGGGAAUGAUGGAAGAAUAAGGGUGGUUACCAUACGCACGGCCAAUAAUAAUGAGAUGCGUCGGCCAGUCAUCAAGCUUUGUCGAUUGCCUGUCUAUGAAACGGAAGAAAAUUGA